AUGAAGGACACCACUGAAAAUGUCCCUCUGGAUGGGGCCGGCUGGAGGCGGGUGGCCUGCGAGGGCUUGCCGGCCAAGGACAAUAUUUUUUGCUCUGAAGAAGACAACAGUCUGUAUUUCACAUACAGCGGAGAAUCAAACGUUCUCGAGGUCAAAGAACUCAACUACCAGGUUAACAUGACAUCCCAGAUCCCUUGGUAUGAAAGCCUGGCACAGAUGAAAAUGCCAUGGGCCUGGAAAUCAGAUCCCCAUUCUCAUGUGGCAAUAAUUCAGAAUCUGAAUUUAAAAGUUCGGAGUGGUCAGAUGCUAGCUGUUAUAGGAAGCACUGCUGGUGGAAAGACAUCCUUGCUUGACGUGAUAACCUGCCGGGACCACGGAGGCAGAAUCGAGUCUGGUCAGAUCAUGAUCAACGGCAAAGCCUGCACGCCCCAGCUGGUUAAGAAGUGCAUAGCACACGUGCGGCAGGAUGACCGGCUGCUCCCCCACCUGACUGUCAGAGAAACCCUACUGUUCGUUGCCAAACUGCGCCUUCCAAAGUCUUUCUCAGACUCACAAAGGCAAAAAAGGGUGGAAGAUGUGAUAGCAGAGCUGCGCCUGCGCCAGUGUGCAAACACCAGGGUAGGGAACGAGUACCUGCGCGGCGUGUCGGGAGGAGAGAGGAGGAGGGUGAGCAUCGGCGUGCAGCUGCUCUGGAACCCAGGAAUACUCAUACUUGAUGAACCCACAUCUGGACUGGACAGUUUUACUGCACAUAACCUUGUGAUAACAUUAUCCAGACUGGCCAGAGGAAACAGAUUAGUUCUUCUUUCACUUCAUCAGCCCCGGUCAGAUAUAUUCCAACUGUUUGAUUUAGUUCUUCUGAUGACUUCUGGAGUCACAGUCUACUCUGGAACAGCUAGAGACAUGGUCCAGUAUUUCACAGAACUAGGCUACCCCUGCCCAAGGUACAGCAAUCCUGCAGAUUUCUAUGUUGAUUUGACCAGUAUCGAUAAACAGACUGCAGAAAAGGAGAUGGAAAGCCGAAAAAGAGCAAAUACUCUUGCCAACUUGUUCCUAGAAAAAGUCAAAGAUUUUGAUGAUUUUUUAUGGAAAGUUACUGAAGGAGACAACGUUGCAACCACAUUCAGCAAGCAAAGGUCCCAUUUAAAUUCAGAAGAGGCUAUCAACAUGCCUAACCAUGCAAGUGAUCAGUUACCAGGAGUCUUAAAGCAGUUCACUAUAUUGUUAAGUCGUCAAGUCUCCAAUGACUUCAGAGAUCUUCCAACGUUAUUAAUCCACGGAUUUGAGGCCCUUCUAAUGUCGUUAUUAAUUGGAUUUUUGUACUAUGGCCAUGAGACCAGACUCCCUAUUCGUGACACAACAGCACUGUUGUACAUGAUAGGUGCACUAAUCCCAUUCACAGUGAUUUUGGAUGUUACUGCCAAAUGUCAUUCAGAAAGAGCUAUGCUUUAUCAUGACUUAGAAGAUGGAAUGUACUCUGUUAGCCCAUACUUCUUUGCUAAGGUUUUGGGGGAGCUCCCAGAACACUGUGCUUUUGUUACAAUUUAUGGGGUUCCUAUCUACUGGCUGGCAAACCUCAUUCCUGAACCUGAGCUACUGGCGUGGCUGGCUGUAUAUAGUGCCCGCACGAUGGCACUCUGGUUGGCAGCACUGCUGCCAACGUUACAGCUCUCAGCCUUUUUCAGCAACGUCCUUUUCACGUCGUUCUACCUGAGUGGUGGUUUUGUGAUAAGCCUGGAAAAUCUCUGGACAGUUCCAUUUUGGGCUUCCAAAAUCUCUUUUCUCAGAUGGAAUUUUCAAGGCAUGAUGCAAAUUCAGUUCACUGACCUCACAUACGAAAUGACUAUUGGAAAUAUCACUCUUCAAAUACCAGGGAAACUUGUCAUUCAGUCUCUGGACCUGGACUCGCAUCCUCUCUACGUCAGCUACCUUGUCCUCACCGGUAUCGUUUGCAGCUUCCUGCUUUUAUACUACCUGUCUCUGAGGUUCAUCAAGCAGAAAUCGCACCAGGACUGGUAA